AUGAACGCAGCAAAAGGCAAAAUUAAAGCAUAUCAAGAUCAGUGGAUUCCGAAUUCAGUAGUUUUGGCGCAUGAUGUCAAAAUCUCUAAUAGAAAAACUCUUAACAACUGUCAAAGUAAACUUACGUGUCACGUAUAUGUGACGUACGGCAUUUUUCCUUUCAAAUUUUUAGAAGGAAGGGUAUUUACUUUUCACCGAUAUGCUAUAGAAAAAGGUCUUUUAAAUAAAGACAAAAGUGGUAAAAUUGACACAAUAGAGAGUGCUUCACCAUCUGUGGAGCACCAGUUUAAAAAUUCCUACAUUCUGGUUGGAUUAUUCGAAUCACACCUAAGCUGUGUUUCCUCCACAAAAAAUGAAGAGACGAUUCAAACGGAAAUUCCUCUUCCAAAAUGCACCCAAAUUAAGAUAUGUUGUCGUUAA